AUGCAGUGGCUCAAUCACGGAGGCGACAUAACCAACCGAAGAAACGCCAUUGGAGCACCGCUGAUAAACCCAUUCACAGUACGAAACUUGAAAUUAAAAUGGAAAUUCUUAGCUGGCUUCGACAUAACUGCAACUCCAGCAGUUGCCGAUCGAGUAGUCUACUUCCCCUCCUGGAACGGAAACUUAUACGCUGUGAAUGCCAGAAAUGGCAUGCUUAUUUGGAAACAAAAUCUAACUCAGAUAACAGGGAUACCUCCGACGGGAAGAUAUGUAAAUGUAACAGUCUCUAGAUCCACUCCGGUAGUGGCCGGAGAUAUUCUAAUUGUUGGGAUUUACGGGCCGGCGUAUGUGGUUGCUGUGAGGCGCUCCACCGGAGAAUUUUUAUGGUCUACUCGGGUGGAUCCUCGUCCUCUAAGCCUGGUGACAGCAUCUGGAACAGUUUACUCGGGGGCAUUCUAUGUGGGAGUUUCUUCACUAGAAGAAUUAUUACCAGCCGGACAAUGCUGUACAUUUCGGGGGAGUCUAGUGAAGCUAGACAUACAAAAUGGAAAUAUAUUGUGGCAAACAUACACCCUGCCGGACAACGGUGGCAAACUCGGGGGCUAUUCAGGGGCGGCUAUAUGGGGUAGCAGCCCCUCCAUUGACAUAUCCAGAGGCCUUGUGUAUGUCGGAACUGGCAAUCUAUACCUAGCUCCGUCAGACGUCCUCCAGUGUCAAGCGGUGCAGAAUAAUCGAACGACACCACCAAGUCAACCUGAUCAGUGUUUCGGGUCUGAUGUUCAUUUUAAUUCACUUCUGGCUUUUGCUAUUAAUACAGGGAGGAUUGUGUGGGCUAAGCAACUCGGAGGAUAUGAUAUUUUCUACUUUGCAUGUUUGGUUCCUAAUAAUCCUGACUGCCCUCCCGGACCCAAUUUGGAUGCUGAUUUUGGAGAGGCACCAAUGCUGCUUACUAUCAAGCCGAAGAGAAGAUUGCGAGAUGUUGUUGUGGCAGUGCAGAAAAGUGGAUUUGCUUGGGCUUUGGAUCGAGACAAUGGAGAUAUUGUUUGGCUCAAAAAAGCAGGGCCAGGAAGCUUGGAAGGAGGAGGAGUAUGGGGUGCAGCCACUGAUGGAGAACGGGUGUACACAAACAUAGUCAAUGGCGAUAACCUCCCCUUCACCCUCCAACCAUCUGCUCUAACUACCACUGCAGGUGGAUGGGUGGCGUUGGAUGCCAAUACCGGGGAAAUUCUCUGGACCACAGCUAAUCCGAGCAAUGACACUGCCCAUGGGCCCGUCACUAUAGUGAAUGGAGUCCUUUUUGCAGGGUCAGUUGCACCUAGUGGCCCUGUCUAUGCUAUGGAUGCCAGGACCGGAGCUAUAUUGUGGUCAUUCAACACUGGUGCCACCGUGUACGGAGGAGCAUCAGCUAGCUACGGUUGUGUCUUUAUUGGCCAUGGAUAUUCCAUUGGUCUAGCAAGAUUCCAUCCAACUUGGAACAGUGGAAGUUCACUCUUUGCAUUUUGCAUUGUGUGA